CCAGUGUGUAAUGGUGAAAAAUUAUAGUGAACAAAACUUCGAUACUGAUUGUUUGUUUUACGUUCCCAAUAUGUUGAUGUCAAAAUGUUUCAAAUAUAACCGUGUUUAAUGUAAAAUAAAGACUGUUAUAAUUACGACUACGUCAGGACAAACAGUAGCAAGUUCCCUAUAAGCUUAUAUUGGAUAAGUGUAUCUGGCUUCUCCGUGUACUGUCGGGUGUAUCUGUGCCGUAUCUGUACAGUCAGAUGUACCUGUGUGUCAUCUGUACAGUCAGGUGUACCUGUGUCUCAUCUGUACAGUCAGGUGUACCUGUGUCUCAUCUGUACAGUCAGGUGAUCCCAGUACAGUAGUGAUCCAGUGUUAGACUGUACGUAAUUUUUCUGUUUCCUAUUUCCCACCAUCCCUGAAUUCCAAUACCAACGUCAAAUACAAACAGCUUUCUCAUCUCGGUUUUCCCAGACGCUGUGGAAUCGUAUGCCCUGAUGUGCUGAAAACUACCGUGCACAUUCAUAAAAUGCUGGGUUGUCGUUUUUUCGUCCGCUCGUUCUAUUGCUUGUCGAGGAUGAGAUGAGAAACACAUAAACAAUACUGAUGGUCAUACACGUCAGUCAAGUGGCGAUACGUUCAACCACUCUGCAUACCAUAUCCCAGAGUGAUCCCUUUUUCCCGGAGAAAUCGCCAGUGUCGUGUGAAAACAUGAAGAAAUUAAACUGGCUAUGCCUCGACGUAUAGUUGGGUUUUUUUUAAUUUGUCGUGCUUUUGUUUUGGUCAUUUAUACGUUCUAGAAACAAGUAAUAGACGUACAAUACUAAACGGCUUCUAUCAGUUUCCGGCACAAACUGAUAUUGGCACAAUGAUAAAACUUACUGAAACGCUGAAACAAAACUGUAUACAGCCAUAAGGAACGGGUUUCUGAAUAUGACAUCAUGACUCUGAACGUAACACUUGGCUGGCACAUGGCACGGCUCAAUCAUUACAUUGGCGCAAUGCUUCGUGACAGGCUCAUAUCCCCAGUCUCAGUGCUGCUGUACAGGUAAAUCUAAUGGCGAUACAACUAUAACCUCAUUGAUUCAAAUGACAAUCACAAUAACACUGCUACAUGUGUUCAUAAAAGUGUCUUUUUGUUCAACAGCUCAAGUUGUCUGGCUUACCGCUGAUUAGCUGAAACAAGAUGGCGUUCCACUCCCCUCUGCUUAUGGCUCUCGCCAUUGGCAACUUUGUGUUCUUCAUCAUCAAUCAGCUAUUUGGUGCGCUGAAUAUGGCCCAAGUCAGAGAGGUGUUGGGCAUUGAUAUAAAUAUUUUCGGCCAAUCAAUGGAAGAUGCCUCGGAUCAACGGUACCUCGAGAUCACGCCCUCUUCAGCCACCUUCAGCCUCUGGGGCGCCAUCUACAUAUGGCAGGCUGUCUGGGCCAUCUACGCUGUCGUCAACAUCUGUCGACGUACCCCCGAUGGCUACGUCUACAACAGCCCCACCCUCCUCACUGCGACCUUUUUUGGUGUCUCCAUCCUCAACUGGAUGUGCGUCAUCACCUGGACCUUCGUGUGGGGAUGGGGCCACGUGUGGGUGGCCUUCGUGUUCCUCGCCAUCGUCUUCAUCACCAUCUACAUCUGCAUAGGACUCUCCUACAGGGCACUGGCACAACACCACGACACUCUGGUGAAACAAGGACGUAAAGUGGACAUCUGGUUGGUGCGCAUGCUGGUGCAGAAUGGUCUUGCCUUCUAUGGUGCAUGGUGCACUAUUGCCACACUCCUCAACCUUGCAAUGGCUCUUACUUACACCUCCCAUCCACAAUUUGACCAGAGUACUUCCUCCACCAUCUCUCUCAGCAUCCUGUCCCUUGAGCUGACAGUCUUCGCUCUCUCUGACUGGACAAUUAUGGACAAAUACUCACGCUAUACGUUUAGUCCCUAUAUCGUUGUCAUCGUCGCACUCUCCGGAAGUAUGGUCAAGAACUGGAACCCGGGAAAGACCAACUCUAUUUUCACAGCGGUUUUAUUGGGAGUGUCGAUCUUAUGCUUUAUCACCAAGAUGGUUCUCAUGUUUUGGCGACAUUGUCGGGACUCGGACAGAAACAAAAUUAUACUUCCGACCAUCACCGAGAAGCAAAGCAUUAGAAUGUAAAAUAGAUGCUGGUUCCAGCUGAACGAACUAUUUAUAGUGAUGACAAUAUGUCAAUAUGCACUUUUGUGCGUGUAACGUUCUUUAUGUACAGUGUUACGUGCUGGUGACACGUCCCAAGCAAUGUGAUUACCAUGUUUCGUACAUGGGUAAAGGGUACAUGUUUAGUCUUUGAAAUAUACACAUUAUUUUGUAAAAAGAUAUAAAUAAAAUGUUUACAUUUGUUAGAA